UCAGUAUGCGGCCGCGCGCUCAUCGCGAGAACACCUGUUUGCUACCCGCGCCUUUUCCUACCUUCACAAACGACAAUUUAAGUAAUUGUGGCUCUUUUGCGAAACUUUGAAAAUUCAUUAGACGUGUACGCAAUAUUCAAAACUUAAACGCGUUAACAACACGCACAAGGCUAAGUACGACAUAUAGUAGAACCUCAAUUAACCGGGUGCGGGUUAUCUGUGCGGCGGAUUAACCUUGCAUACCAGGAUAUGAGUCAAGCUUAUUUCAUGCUUAAUUGAAUUUAUUCAGAAGUGAUUAAUGUCGAGCUAACUAUAAUUAUAAACGUUUACUCAUUGGGUUUAACUAAACUUACGUUUAAACCUUAAAGGGUUAAACUGGGCUUAAAAGUUGGUCGAAACUUGAAGAACUUUUGGAUUUCAAAGGCUUUAUAUUUACCUGAAAUUCAAGGAGAGAUUAACCACAGGCUCCUUUAGAUCAACCAUCUACCGUCAUUUAUGUACAUACGUCGAUAUGCGUAAGAGACGUAUUAUUUAUUGAAUUUACGCCAUUUCAAAAUGAAGGUUCCUACAUACUUUAUCUACAUUCUAUCUCUUAUUUUAUCUACAUUCCAUCUCUUAUUAUUUCACUGCGAAUGGCGUAUAUUAUUUAAUAGACGUUAUUUAGUACCAGAUUAUUUAUCGUUUAUUUAUAUAUAUAUAUAUUUAUCUAAUAUUAUAUAAAGCCCGUAGUACACACAUUUGCCAUAAACUCUCAUUCCUACUUCUCAUGGUCUAUUCUUGAGUACUAAUUUCCGGUAAAGAAUAAUUUAUCCUAUUUCGUUUGUUGUUACAAAAAAGGCAAUUAGUAUUUAAUUACAGUAAAUUGCGGCGUUAAUUUGCGGGGCAAUAGUGAUUCAUUGUUUUCAAUCAAUUCACAUCGAUUCAAUUACUUUCUGAAUAUCUAUCAGACAAUGAGCACGGAUAGAAGCUUUUUCCUUAAUGUUCGCAAUUUCAUAAUUAAAUUCGUUACACGUGUACUGGAGAAUAUUAUUAUUACCAAUUUACCAAUAAUGUUCAGUAAGCCGUGGAAUGUAGAUUUUUCUAUUCAGAAAGUCAUUUCCAAAGGAAUUUUAUUGGUUAGAAUCAAAUGGGCAUAACAAAUGCCCAUGCAAAAGUCGAUGACAAAGUCUUUAACAUUAUACAAAUAUAUAAAGUAAACAAGUAAAAUUAUAUAAUAUAUAUGUAACCCAUAUACUCCUGAUCAGGAGUACUUUGCUUACAAGAAAGACUUGCGUUUCAGAUAUUAGUUUUUAUAUCUGUAUAUACUAUAUAUUAUUUCUUUAUCAAGUUCUGAUUUGCUUUAUAAGAAUCAGUGGAAUUAGAUCUUUGUUAUACGACUAUUUUUAUUCACGCCUAGAUCUAAUGUCCCCUAGUUCAUUCUGGUCAAGGAAAAUGGCCGCUAAACGUGGAAAGUUCCUUCGAAAAGUAUAUCCCCCAAUCCCAAGUGACACUUCAUGAGCUUUACGACCUUUCGUAUUACUCCUCGAAGGUUCUACGCAUCUUUUUCUGUCAAUUUCUAGGUAAAUGCUUAUAUCUUAGGUACAUAACAAGUGACUUGAUAUGAGCUAGUGAAAUUCAGAGAAAUAAUGAAAUAUGUCUAUUCGAUAUCAUGAAUACGUUCAAUUUCCAUGAAAGCCAUUAUCAUCCAAGGAUAUGUCAAUCCGUUGAAAUAUAACGGUCGACCCAUGUCUUCACCCAUAAAAAUUAUUCAAACGACGUAAACAAUUGUUUAAAUAAGGACAGUAUAUCUCUUUCGGUCACUUUCGAUUAAUGAUAAACUGGAAACUGUUCUCGAUGAACUUCACCGAUAUGUUAUUUAAAUAAUUCAGAUAAACCGUUUGUUCUAUGCUUGAAAUGUACCCCACCUCUACGCAACUAAAAAACUGUAAUUAAUCAGUACGGUAUAUAUUAUUACCCAGUAGUUUUACAUAUUGUAAAAUUGACAUACCCUGGCACUUGUGUUCCUGAUUAUAAUAUUGGAUAUAAGUGUGAAAAUUGAUUGGAAAUUAUAUAAUUUUUGCACGUUCAUCCAAUUUCCUAUGGUUUAUUAUCUAAAAACGGAUGAUUUAUAUACUGUCGUAUAUAAUAUGCAGUGCGUACAUAUUUGUAGUCGUUGGCAUUGAGAUGGUUUUAUGGUACUCCCUUCCCCGUGCACAUACCUUUAUGUCAAGACUGAAUGGACAGAAAGCAUCCUCCUCUAUGAGAUAAUACGUCUGGCUCUGCUACGCAUUCAGGCCUGAAGUGACACUGUCAAAUCGCAAAAUCGAGGUGAGCCUGGAUCAGCAGCGGCAGCAGCAGCCUGCAUGCUUGCGACAUGCUCACCAUACAGAGAGAGUGCCUAACUACCCUGUGCUUAACUGCAACCUGUCUGUGAUCUCAAUUGCUUCAUGAUCCUGUGGUCUAUACUGCUUUUAAGAGAAAUGGCAAAGCGAGUUCACUCGUUCAUCUUAUGUCACCGCGCAAUGGUUCCUGUGUAGCUGAGGUAAGCUCCGUGAGAAGUCUAUCCUCGGACGAUGUCUCUGGAACAAAGAACAACAAAAAGAAAUCCUGCUGGGCACGGGCAACUGAUCCAGCGCAUCGUCGGGGUCGGAGGAUCCAGUUGCUCCAGAUGCUGGUUCUUCCUUUCAUCCCAAUUCUGGCCCUGAUUGUACAAACAGCUAAUACACUUCAUGAUAUACUGAUCUACAGGCAGGAAGUCUCUGAUAUUGAGACUCAAGUAACAAUUGCAACGGACCUGGGAAAAGUAGUGACCAGAAUGCAACUGGAACGGUCAGAGGUCGCUUUCUUCAUUUACACCAAUGGAAAUACCUUGAGGAGGUCCAAUCUAACGCAGAGGUUCGCAAUUACGGAUCAGGCACUUCAUAAUAUGACAAUGUGGCCAUUAGUUUCUGUACCAAGGGACGAAACCGAGGCGUACGAUGUCGUCAACAAGGAAGCAUUUCAGGCUCGUCUUAACGACUUCAGGCAAAAGAUCAGCUCCGAGGAAAGUAGUAUAACAGAAGUGAUGGCUUGGUACACCAGUGUCAACGCUGCCAUGUUGGAUCAUUUAACUAAUCAGAUAAAGGAAACAGAUAACAGUGGAGUCUGGAGAUACUUGAUUGCCUUUAAGAAUUUACUACGCAGCAUCGAGAGCCUUGGUAUCGCCUCUGUCUAUGGAAUCAAUUACUUUGGACGAGGUAUUCUCAUGAGUGAAAAUUAUGUGAGUUACGUGCGUCACGAAACACUUGGUCGUGAUCUACUCAAUGGAUCUCUUACCUACGUGCCUUCUCUGAAAGCUUUCUACGCCGAACUUACUCGUACCAUGACGGACUAUGGACGAAUUAAAUCUAGGCGAGAGGAGAUUCUGAGAAAUCGUAAGAGGGAGCCAAGCGUUGAGGACGCCAUUGCUUACUUCGACAGCAUGGCUACGUACGUGGAUGAACUUCGUAAACUUCAACGUGAAUUGCGUCACAUGAUAAGGGAGUAUGUCAAUUCGACACUGCAGGAUGCCAGCAAUAAAGAAGUGGCUGGUAUUGCGAUAGUCGUCCUGGUCCUCGUCAUUUCACCCAUCAUUAUAGUCCUGGUGCGCAAUGCCGUAGCUACCAUUCAGAUGUACGCAGCGAAUCUGGCGCAAAAGGCUCGUGAGUUGAAGCGAGAAAAGAGAAAGAGCGACACGCUACUUUUUCAAAUGUUACCGACAAGCGUUGCGCAGCAAUUGAAGCAAACUCAGCAGGUUCCAGCUGAAUAUUACGAGGCCGUUACGGUCUACUUCAGUGACAUUGUUGGCUUCACGGAAAUAGCUGCGGAAAAUACACCCCUUGAGGUUGUCACCUUCCUCAACUCGAUUUACAAGUUAUUCGACGCAAGAAUCGAGUGUUACGAUGUUUACAAAGUAGAAACAAUUGGGGACUCUUAUAUGGUCGCUUCUGGACUUCCAGUUAGAAAUGGUAAAAGUGAUAAACACGUGUCGGAAAUUGCUACAAUGGCCUUGGACUUACUAGCAGCCUCGACAGUAUUUCAAGUUCCAAAGCGACCUGGUGAACGUUUGCAAAUACGUAGCGGAGCUCAUACCGGACCUGUAGUAGCGGGUAUUGUCGGUACGAAAAUGCCUCGUUACUGUCUCUUUGGCGAUACAGUAAACACAGCCAGCAGAAUGGAAUCAACGGGAGAAGCUCUAAGAAUUCAUAUUAGUCUAGAGAUGAAAAAAGCUUUGGAUGCUGUCGGUGGAUUUCGAAUCGAACACCGUGGACUGGUAGACGUCAAGGGUAAAGGCCUGAUGGACACGUACUGGUUAGAAUGUAAAGAUGGCGGCAUCGCAAGGGCCGCUGAACUCGACCUUCCGUACUUCUUCGAGGAUGUGCGACCAGUCUUCAUGCGAAGGCUUCGCGAAGAGGGUACCCUCUGAUGCGAACCAUACUCUCGCCGGGAUUUGUGGUAC